UCUCAUUCUUUAGCUGCACUUCUUUUAUGCCUAAAGCUUUUAAUUUACUUCCUCAGACUCUCUCUCUCUCUCUCUCUCUCUCUCUCUCUCUCUCUCUCUGUCUCUCUGUCUCUGUCCCCUGAUUGGCUGCUGGCUCCUGUCUGUCACUCUUUAGUCUCACUUCUUUUAUGCCUAAAGCUGGGUUGUGAAGAAGUUUGACAUAUCUGAUCUUGUGUGUCAACAUAAAUUUUCCGUCGCUCCAGAAUUCCAACCCAACUUUCCCGACACAGCUCUGAAUUACUACUGUAGGAUUGUCAGGGUGACUCACGACAUCAGUAGUUACAUUUUUAACAUUAAAAAAUACAAUGGGAUCCAGAAUUAUUGGCCCCCUUUAUGAAAAUGAGCAAAAAUUCAUUAUUUUAUUUAUUUAUUUAUUUAAAGAAAGAAAGAAAGAAAGAAAGAACAUGCACUGCGUGAUAUUCAGAGCUAAAACAUAUGGCCAUCCUGUAUAGAUUAACUUAAGCCACGGUAGUCUUUUCACACUUUCAAAUGACAAAAUCAUCACAGUUAACAUUCACUGAACGUUUCAAGCUGCUCUGUAUUGUUCAUUUUAUAUUCUUCAGUGAACUGUUCUCUUCUGUUCAGAUUAUAUAAUUUCAUUAAGGUUCAAAUCCUGAUAUUAAAGAUGGCUGUUGCAAAACAUUGCUGGCAAAAAUUCACAUUCCUGGGAUCCACCAUCUGUUUAUUUUAUGAGAAUGCUCUUUGGCAAUGGAUGAGAAAGGGAAUGUAUAUGUUUGUAACCUUGUGUUUAUGCCAAAAGGAAACAGGAAAUGUUCCAGGCUGAAAGAAAUAUAUGAUUGAAUAAUAUACUUUAAACUGUUUUCUUUUUUUUUAAAGAAAAUUCUGUACUUUAAAAGGUGUACUUUAAAAUCAAUCAUUUUUAUGAAGGGUGCCGCUAUAUAAUGCAAUGAGAUUGUCUUAUUGGAUUUGUUACUGACUGAUAUCAUAUUUGUAAAGUGUAUAACUUACUAUAUAAGGCUUACUAUUGGGAAAAAUUGGUACUGGGUCAAUAAAACUAUACUGGACAAAUAAAUUACAUAGGAGGUUAGAAAACAACAUCUCAUUGUAGAUGAGUAAAAUGCGUAAAUUGAGAAAGGCCUCAUGCAUCACUCCAUUGUGACUCCACAGCUGCUCUUUUCUUUCCCUUUGUUUCCACUCUGAGUGGAAAAAAAAGACACUGAGUGUCUGUUGCUGGAAAGGCAGACCAUAGUCUGGGAGAAAGUGUGUGUUGUGGUCUGAGACAGGCCAGCAGUUUGGAAAGUUCUGUGCUACAGGCCCUGAAGAAAUGGGGGAGAGGGUAGUUAAUGUUUAUAUACACACAGACUGAGAAAGGAAAUGAUUAUGCCGUGAACUUUUUUCCUUCCCUUUCCUCCAACCAUGCAAUCCUUUGUGGGCUUCCAGGCCACACCACCCCUUCGCCUUGUCCACCAUCUCUCCUCCCAAAUUUUCUCUAACCGCAGCCUCCCAACUCAUGCAGCGUAAACCUGCAAGUAAUUCAUCCGGCCAUAUUUAGUCGGGGGAGGGAGUGAACUCUUGUAAUGUAAAUAAAACCGGGAAUGGAUGGAAGCUGAUGAGUUACACUGGUGUCUGUGUCUGUCAAAACUACUCAGCAGCUCCCUUGAGUUAGGUGACAUGGCACCUCUGGAGAAUGAUUAAAUCCCUCGUGCGAGCUUGUGCAGGCUUCCUGGGGUUUGUGGGGAUAAUAUCAGGGAAUACCAGAUAACCAUCGAGUUUAGUUCAGCCUGGAGAUCAAAGAACCUCAGGACCAUGAGCGAGACACAAGAAGAGGACAGCUCUGUAAUCACAGCCCAGGCCAUCAAGCUGAAGCCGAGAUCCUCAGGGGGUUCUCCAUGUGAAUCUCCGACCACAAAACAGUCUCCCCGCAACUCUCCACGCAACUCGCCACUGCUGUUCAGGAAACUCCUGAUGAAUCGCAGCAUUGUUCUCCAGAGGCGCUUCACUCUGGCCCAUACACCCAGUUUUGAUGUGGAGAAUGGACCGUCAGUGGGGCGAGCACUGGACUCUCAGGCCAGCCCGAGCUCGGGCCUGGUCCUGCAGGGCAAUUUCCCCCACAGCCAGCGACGCGAGUCUUUCUUGUACCGGUCCGAUUCAGACUUUGACAUCUCACCAAAAGCCAUGUCCCGAAAUUCCUCCACUGCUAGUGAGCUGGAAGAGGGCUUGAAACAGUGGGAAGUCAGUUGCCUGCCUCGACAUGAAGACAUGAUUGUAACACCAUUUGCACAGGUCCUGGCCAGUUUGCGAACAGUGCGGACCAACUUUGCAGCAUUGACUCAUCUGCAAGAUCGGGGAAGUUGCAAACGGCCAUCAGGCAGUAAUCCUCCCGCUGUGUGCAAGCAGGGUGUGCCAGAUGAGGCAUACCAGAAGUUGGCCAUUGAGACACUGGAAGAACUUGAUUGGUGUCUGGACCAAUUGGAGACCCUGCAGACACGUCACUCAGUCAGCGAGAUGGCCUCCAAUAAGUUUAAAAGAAUGCUGAACCGUGAACUUACCCAGCUGUCAGAGACGAGUCGCUCAGGAAACCAAGUGUCAGAGUUCAUAGCAAGCACAUUUUUAGAGAAAUCGCACGAUGUGGAGAUCCUGUCUCCACCGCCGAAGGAGAAGGAGAAGAAGCGGCGUCCCAUGUCUCAGAUCAGCGGAGUGAAGAAGUUGACGCACGGCCCGAGCUUGGCUCCCAGCCGCAUACCUCGCUUCGGGGUCAACACCGAGCACGAGAGCCUGCUGGCCAAGGAAAUCGAGGACAUCAAUCGCUGGGGCCUUGAUAUCUUUAAGAUAGCAGAGCAUUCAGGGAAUCGGCCACUGACGGUGAUAAUGUACACGAUUUUUCAGGAACGAGACCUACUGAAGUGCUUUAAGAUCCCAGCAGACACGUUCAUCACCUUCAUGAUGACCCUAGAGGGCCACUACCACACUGAUGUCGCCUAUCACAAUAACAUCCAUGCUGCUGACGUAGUGCAAUCCACACACGUUCUCCUCUCCACACCUGCUUUAGAGGACGUCUUCACUGACCUCGAAAUCAUGGCUGCUUUGUUCGCUAGUGCCAUACAUGAUGUUGAUCAUCCUGGAGUGUCAAACCAGUUCCUCAUCAACACCAACUCUGAGCUAGCUCUGAUGUACAACGAUGCAUCUGUACUGGAGAACCACCACCUGGCCGUGGGAUUUAAACUACUACAAGAGGAAAACUGUGACAUCUUCCGGAACCUGAGCAAGAAGCAGCGGCAGUCACUUCGCACGAUGGUUAUCGACAUGGUAUUAGCCACAGACAUGUCCAAACACAUGAAUUUCCUAGCAGACCUGAAGACCAUGGUUGAGACAAAGAAAGUGACCAGUCUUGGAGUAUUGUUGCUGGACAACUACUCGGACAGAAUACAGGUUCUCCAAAACAUGGUCCACUGUGCCGACCUAAGCAACCCUACAAAGCCUCUGGAGAUCUACAGGCAGUGGACAGACCGCAUCAUGGUGGAGUAUUUCACCCAGGGUGACCGGGAGCGAGACAAAGGCAUGGAGAUUAGCCCCAUGUGUGACAAACACACUGCUUCAGUGGAGAAGUCUCAGGUGGGCUUCAUUGACUACAUCGUGCACCCUCUCUGGGAGACAUGGGCUGACCUCGUCCACCCGGACGCACAAGACAUCCUGGACACUCUGGAGGACAACCGUGAGUGGUACCAGAGCAUGAUCCGCCACAGUCCCUCACCCCCGCCUGAGGAACAGGACUCGCAUGGUGCCAUUGGAGCCUCCACAAGCGAAAAGUUCCAGUUCGAGCUGACGUUGGAGGAGGAGGGGGAGUCAGACUCCGAGAGUCCGCAGGAAGCGGAGCACACCGACCCUGAGAGGUCCGUGACUCGGUGCCGCAGGACGUUGUCUCCUGACACAAUGGACAAGGAGGCUGUGAGAGAGCGAGACUAAAGAGACAAAAUGUGCAUAGCUAGGUGCAUGGCACUGCUGUCCUAAUGACAUGUCUCAGCGAUAAUUUGCUCCUAAACCUGUGAUGAACUUAAGUUUGGCUGUAGCAGACUCCUAUUGAGCGAUGUGCCCCACACCACCUAAUGAGAUAACUCCUCAUUUCACCUAUUAGGCACACAUUUCCUGUUUUUCCUGCCAGAUAAGCCUUUUAGUCCUAGCUUCUUCAGAUGCAUUUGUGUCUAGCACACAGGUGGCUGUAAUGAUCACUCACUGACUGAGGAGAGAUCUGAGGAUGGCUCGGCUUCUUCAGGGUCUAUUAACAAAGCAAGGAGAUCUUCUGAGAAAGAGAGUCUUCCUUCAAAAUGAUGUACAUGUUGUCUAUAGAGGAAAUUGUAAUAUUUAUGGGAAGCUAACAGGGUCUAGGAACUUUUUUUUUUCUUUUUUUUUUUGCACCCAUACCAUUAGUUUCAGACAAGUAGAAGUUUAGUUUACCUUUUAAAUAAUUCAUUUAGCAUUCAUUUGUGUUUUCAGUAUUUUUUUUGUCAAUUUGAACAGACAAAUUGAUCAUGACAGUCAUGUCAAGUGACAGUCAUGCCAAAUAUUAGCCUAAGAUAAAUAAUGAUGACACUAAUAACCUCAGGAUAUAAAUAACGAUUUCACUUUAAUGUAGCACGGUACCCCUGUAUAUUACCCAGUGCAUCUUUAUUAUAGACCACUAAAAACCCAUUUACACUGAUAUUCACACUUACACCUCAAUAUUCACCUUUACAUCUUUAUGUAUCAUUAAUAAUGAAUCCGAUCUUGCUGUUUUGAAACAGACCAUUCAGUGUUAAAUCGGUCGAGAUGUUAACAUUCUGCACACCUGGAUAAAGAGGUACUGCUUUGCUCUAACUCAGCAUAAAAAUAAUCAGAGGAUCGGUUUGUUUUACAUUUGUUUUGUGUGAAAAUAUCAACGGAAUGCAAAGCAUGUAAAUCCCAGUCAUGGUGCAAGGUUUUCCGAUCUGAAUCAUUUCAAUAUGGCUUCAACUAGUUUAUGUUAUAGCAAUGAGGAAUCCAAAUUGUAAAUGUAGCUUUACAAUACAGGAUAUCUGAAAGCUUUUAUAUGUAUAUUUCAAUGUUUCCAAAUGUUUCCUGUGCAAGUAGAAGUUAUGGCCUCAUUUUACUCUUUAAUGCAACUAGUAUUACAUCAAUGAUAAAUCCAUAAAUCCUGCAUGAUUUGCAUAUUAAUCUUUAUAAUUAACAUGCAAAGUCAACUUUUUUUUCUUUUUUUUUUUUUUUUUUUUAGUUGAAACGUCUUUCAUUGACAGGUUAGUCUAUUUUCACCUUGGUUCACUGUGUCCUACAUGUCCCACAACGUUUUCUGAAUGCACUACUUCAAUGCUGGAUUUCUCAUUAAUAUGAACGUGAAUGUCACUGAAAAAUGGUGAGUGACAAAAGAAGCUCUUACGUUUUUUUUUAUUCUUAGGAGAUAACAGUAAAACCUGAUCAUUAUCCCUUAGAUUUGAUGUCAUUGAAAAUUCUUUUUCCUCCUUAAACUCCACUGUAUCUGUGCUAGUUAUGUUCUCCUGUGAUGCCUGAGCAGCAGGCGUCCACUAACUUCUCAUGGGAAUAACAUAAAUACAGCAUCAACAAACCAAUUAGUGUCAGAAUCGCUAAGCACAUCACAAAUGUUUCCAUCGAAAUAUAUUUCGUGUGUUUCAGGAUGGAUUUUUCUACAACCCCAAUUCCGAAACAGUUGGGACAGUAUGGAAAAUGCAAAAAAAAAAAAUAAUAAUAAUUUGAAAAUCAAUUCACCCUGUACUAUAUUGAAAACAAAUUAUUAACACAUUAUUUGAUGUUUGACUUUGUGAAUUUAAUUUAUUUUUUUAAAUAUACACUCAUUUCAAAAACACUCCAAAAAAGUUGGGACAGUUGACUGUUUACCGUUGUGUAACAUCACCUUUUCUUUUAAUAACACUUAUUAAGCGUUUGGGCGCUCAGUGAAGACACCAAUUGGUUAAGUUUAGCAAAUGGAAUUUUCCCCCAUUCAUCCAUUAUGCGUUUCUUCAGCUGUGCAACUGUACAGGGCCUUUGUUACCUUGUUUUGCACUUCAUAAUGCGCCACACAUUCUCAAUCGGAGACAGGUAAGGACUGCAGGCAGGCCAUGCUAGCACCCGCACUCUCUGCUUAUACAACCAUGCGCUUGUAAUGCGGGCAGAAUGUGGUUUGGCGUUGUUCUGCUCUGGAUGGCAGCAUAUGUUGCUCCAAAAUGUGUACAUAUCUUUCUGCAUUAAUGGUGCCCUCACAGAUGUGCAAGUUACCCAUGCCAUGGGCACUGACACACCCACAUACCAUGACAGACACUGGCUUUUGGACCUGACGCUGAUAGCUUGGAUGGUCCUUUUCCUCUUUGGCCCAGAGAACACGACGGCUGUUUUGUCCAAAAACUAUUUGAAAUGUCGACUCGUCAGACCACAAAACACGAUUCCUCUGUGCUACUGUCCAUCUCAGAUGAGACCGAGCCCAGAGAAGUCAGUGGUGCUUCUGGACAGUGUUGAUGUAUGGCUUCUGCUUUGUGUAGUAAAGCCUUAACUUGCAUCUGUGGAUACAGCGGCGAAUGGUGUUGACUGAUAAAGGUUUACCAAAGUAUUCCUGAGCCCAUGUCAGGAUCUCCAUUACAGACUCAUGACGGUUUUUAAGACAGUGACGUCUGAGGGAUCGGAGAUCACGCACAUUCAGAAGUGGUUUUCGGUCUUGCCCUUUACGCAUAGAGACUUGACCAGAUUCCUUGAAUCUUUUAAUUAUAUCGUGCACUGUACAAGGUGAAAUGCCCAAAAUCCUACAGAUUUGUCUGUGGGGAAAGUUGCUCUCAAAGUUUUGGAUUAUUAGCUGACGCAUCUGUUGGCAGAUUGGCGAGCCUCGACCCAUCCUUGCUCUUGAAGGACUAGGCCUUACAUUUACAUUUACAUUUACAUUUACAUUUAUUCAUUUAGCAGACGCUUUUAUCCAAAGCGACUUACAAAUGAGGAAAUACAAGCAAAGCGAUAUAUCAAGCGGAGAACAAUACAAGUAGUGCUACCAUACAAGAUCUAUUUCUAGAAGAAGCAAAGUGCACAGAGUAGAGGUGUAAGUGCCAGAAUAAGGUUUUGGGGUUUUGUUGGAGCCUUUUUUGGAGGCUCCUUAUAUAUUGUGAUUAAACGAUUGCCUCACCUGUUUCACAUCACCUUCUUAUUUCAACUUGUCACAUUGCUAUUAGUCCUAAAUUGCCCCUGUCCCAGCAUUUUCAGAAUUGGGGUUGUAUUAAUGUUGCUGUUAUAAAGUUAAUGGCUACAUGAAAGAUAAACUCUCAAGUCUGGGUGCAUAAAUAUAUGUUUCAGUUUCUCAUAUAGUGUAUAUUCUGACCCCGUAUAGAAUGAACAAGUAUAGCUGAGUAGAAUAUCCAGGGGUACCCAUUUCUGAUCUUAAAUCACCACUUCCACUCACAUUUGUGUCGUAUGUAUUGAUUUGACCUAAAGUCCAGUUUUAACAUCAUUAUCUCAAACGUAUUACUGACAGCUUGCAAACUGCCACGAUUUGCUGCCUCGAUUAAGACAUGUGAGAUAUUAGCCUAUGAUAUUGAUCUGAGAGUCCUGAGGGGGGUUUUUUUUCCCUCCAGGAAUUUGAACCAGAAAUAAUUCCAGGACAUUUAAAGGGCUAGAGAUAAACCAGGAUCCAAGACAGCUGACUGAAAACCUGUCCCUGCUGUUCACUGACAUAACUUCAUUCAUGUGACUUUAACAGUGUUUUCAAUGAGGGUUUAAUCCAUAUAUUUUUGGAAUAAACUAUAGAUGACUAGACAUUAAUUUAAAAAAAAAAACAGACUUAUUAAAAUAUGUAAUUACAUUAUUAGUAGAAUUAGUGUUUUGGUGUUUUUGGUCUCUCCUGUAUUUCAUCACAUUAGGUGAAUACAGAAAUCCCACUUUUCUGUCCUAGAGGAAACACUAAAAUUCGUUCAGAUGAUUUGUGCAGUCCAUUCAAUGCAACUAAACUGCACUAACAUGUGCAGAAAUUUCACACACACAUGCACAAUUGGAGAGCACUCCAAUGCCAUAAUGAUCCAGUUUGGUGAAGUUAUAUGUACAGUAAAAAGGAGCAUACCAUUUUCAUUGUUGUUUAUGUUGUUUCAUGUCUUUUUUUAAAAAAAAUCUUUACUGAUACUGAUCUGCCACGUUUCCUCUUGAUUCCCUUUACUGGCAAAUCCUGAAAUUGCCAAACUUAUUUGUUGUGUUCAUUUGUUUGAUGGCAUUGUGUCUUUGGUCUGAAGAAUAAGAGUGUUACUUCAUGUAAAACGUGUUUUGCCACUCCUGUACCUUUUUCUGUACCUUCAUAUGCCACAUUCAAAGCCAAAAACUUCAGGUUGUUCUCUAGAACCAACAUCAAUAAAUUAACUUAAGCUGUC